GCACCCACUCUUAGCUACGUACGAGAAAUGGCUGAUCAGCUACUUGCUGCACGUGGUGGUACCCAGAGGCACUAUAGCUUAUUACCAGCAUUAAUUAUUAACAUAAUAAGGCAGUUUAAAAAAGGGGCAGAUAUUAUAGUACACUCUCAGGUGCUUUUAGCAGCUAGGGUAGCUGACCUUGAGGCAGCAAAUAGAGCUGCUUCUGAGCCGCGUAGGCGGCGCUCUAAAAGGCGUAUACAGAAGCAUGGAGUACUUACAAAGGGAGCUGGAGAGGAUAUACUGGCUCAAAAUGAGGCUGACCAGCAGAUUGCUCAUGAAGAGCGUCAAGGAGGAGCGCGAUCAGGCCUCAGCCAGCGCGCUCAAAGGCGCUGCACUAGGUGUAAAGAGACUGGGCACAACUCGCGCACAUGCAACGCUGAUACUAUUAAUAUAGAGUAA